CUGUUAUUCUCUUUCUGUGACUAACAUUGAAACUGCAACCUUAUUCCUAAUAUGCAAGUGGAGGUCAGUUUAGGCAUUUCAACAGUCAUGACUUUACUGGUACAAGAAAAGCACAUCUUUAGCAGAAGUUUUGGUUAAAAUAGAAUUAACAGAUACUUCAUGCAAUGUCUAUGCAUGUGUCACUUCUGUCAUCCAGUGCAGGUCUUUAGUAACAUCGCUGUUAAUUUCCCAGUGCUUCCUGGAUGUUUUUGAAUUCACUAAGGAUUCGUAUCACUUAAAAAGUGAUGGGGGGGGAAAGGAAAGACCGUCCAAAGGACUUAAUGUCUCUCUUUUCAUGCUAUUUCAGCCUUACUUGACUCUGUGGCUAGCGCCUUAUUUUCUGCACUGGAAGAGAAGAAAGAAAUAUUAGUUGUUAACAAAUAAGCCAUGUCAGUUCCAGCUGAUGAAACAGUAGGGGACCUGCCUGUAAGAGAUGUAGGUCUAACUCCAGCUGGAAUUGAAGGAUUACAAGAGUCAACUACACACAAUGUAAAAGCUCGACAAGCUCUAUCACGAGUCAGUCGAAAGGAACUGGAAGACAGAUUCCUUCGUGUACACGAUGAGAACAUCUUACUCAAACAGCAUGCAAAUAAGCAAGAGGAGAAGAUUAAAAGAAUGGCCACCAAGUUAAUACGGCUUGUUAAUGAUAAAAAAAGGUCUGAACAGGUUGGUGGCGGCCCCAAGCGGCUCGGCCAGGCUGUGGAGAUGGAAGAAAUGAUAGAGGAUUUGCAAGAGAGAGUUCGUGAGCUUGAGAAACAAAAUGAGAGCCUCCGCAGCAGACUCAUUUCAGCUAAACAGCAGCUCCAGAUUCAAGGCCAUAGACCUUAUCCAUACAGCUGUGUUCAAUCUCGUAUUAACACUGGGCUCAAGAAAGUGAGUGAGGCUGCUGGCAUGCCGGAGCACACAAAGAAAGGAAUGAGAUUUCAGGAUUUAGGAGUGAGAUCAACUAACCUUGGACUCCCAGAAUAUGGACCGAGUCAGCUUGAGGCUUCGAGGGCAGAAAUACGAGAUUUGGAGACUGUGAUUGAGUCCCAGAAGGAACGCAUUGAGGGACUAGAGCGUGGCAGAGAGAUACUUGUGAGUGAGCUAAGAAGGAAAGAAAAGGAAAUUCAAGAAUCCAUCCUACGACUGAAAGAGCAAGAAACAGCAAGCCAAAGGCUAAACAUUCGGGACAAUGUGGAAAUGAUCAAGAUCCGUAAACAGCUGGUUGAGAAAAGCAAUGCUCUUUCAGCAGCAGAAGGAAAAUUUCUUCAGCUUCAAGAGAACGAAAGGAACUUGAAAGCCAACUAUGAUGCCUGUAUAGCAAAAGUUGAUGAACUGAAUCUACAGCUUAAAGAGGAGCGGUUAAAGUGCCUUCAUCUUGAAAAAGAGCUGCAGUCUAUAACCAUUUCAAACCGACGGACAGAAGAGUUACAGGAAAGAAUAAAUGAUCUAGAAAAAGAGAAGGAACUCUUGAGGGAGGACUAUGAUAAGCUGUAUAACAGUGUCUUCAGUAUGACCCAUGAACAGCAAUGGAAAUUAAAGGAACAGCAACUGAAACUGCAAAUUGCUAAACUAGAGACUGAUUUAGCAGACAAAAAUGAAAUCCUUGACAAGAUCAAAGUAGAAAGAGACCAAAAGGAAAAGCUGGUGCAAGAGAACAAAGACCUGCAGUUACGCUACCUGGAACAUAAGCAACAGCUCGAUGAACUGAAAAAUCACAUGAAGUUUUUGACCAAGGAAAGUGAUAUUGAUGUGGGAGAACUCAGUGAAGCCAUCUUGCAUAUAAAGGUUCAGAAGCAGCAGCAAAAUGAGGACCUUGUGUUUUUGGAAAAAGUAGAAGAUGAUAACCGUAAAGAUUUAGAGCAUUCCAUGCGGGAGCUGCAACUAACACAUGCAGAAACAGUGCAAGAACUGGAAAAGACAAGGAAUAUGUUAAUACUGCAGCACAAAAUUAACAAAGAUUACCAGAAUGAAGUAGAAGCAGUUACACAAAAGAUGGAAAGUAUGCAAAAAGACUGUGAGGUAAAACUGGAACAGUUUGUCCAUCUUCUUGAUAUUAGAGCUGCACGCAUCAGAAAACUGGAAGCCCAACUAGGAGAUAUCGCCUAUGGUACAAAACCAUAUAAAUCCAAAACUGAAAUACUGCCAGGUGAUCCAGUGGAUGAGUUUGAUGAAACUUUACAUUUACAAAGAGGAGAGAACCUUUUUGAAAUUCAUAUCAGCAAAGUGAUCUUCUCUUCUGCAGUUACGCAGGCUUUUGGUGUCUGUGAGCCUGCAACUUUUUGUUCUUACUCAUUCUAUGACUUCGAACUUCAGGCAACCCCAAUAGUUUAUGGGUGUACCCCCUCAUAUGACUUCACUUCUCAGUAUCUCGUGCAGGCUAAUGACUGCUUUCUGCACUAUAUGCAGCAAAACAGCAUCACAUUUGAGGUUCAUCAUGCAUAUGGCACAGAUUAUGAAACAAUUGCUGCAUGUCAACUAAAGCUUCAUGAAGUCUUGGAAAACAAUGGGAAGAUCUACAGCACAGCGAAUUUAGUUGGAAUCAAAGGAAACAUUCAAAAUUACGGUACCGUAGAAUACUGGAUUAGGUUACGAAUUCCUAUGGAUCAAGCUAUUUGUCUCUACAAAGAGAGGUCAAAGGCUCUGGGGUAUUUAACCGCCAGUUUUAGGGAACAUGAACAACCAUCUCAGCAGCAGAUACUCAGAACUGCCCAAGUCAGCACUUCAACAGAUGGCAAUUUAAAUGAACUCCACAUUACAAUAAAAUGUUGUAACAAUCUACAAUCCCGAAAAAAACGUCUUCAGCCAAAUCCUUAUGUUGUCUACAAGUUCUUUGAUUUUGCAGACCAUGAUACUCCUAUCAUUGCUAGCAACAACAACCCACAAAUAGAUGACCAUAUGUGUUUCCAAGUGCCGAUGAAUGCAGAGUUAGACCGAUACCUAAAAUCAGAAUCUAUAACCUUUUAUGUAUUUGAUGAUGGUGAAACGGAAGAUGGUUCUUAUGUAGGGAAAGCCAAUGUGCCUCUUAUUUCUUUAGCACAUGACAGAUCUAUCUCAGGUAUUUUUGAACUAACAGAUUCUGAAAGACAUGCUGCUGGUACCAUCACAGUUGAAUUAAAAUGGAAACAUGUCUACCUACCACCAAGUGGAUUACCAAUGGCUGCAGACUUAGGAAAUUACAUUCAAAAUGAGAAAUCAAUGGCAACUAAAUUACUAGCUGAGGAAAAAACUCAGACUCCAGUCCCUUCUCCUUCUUGUACUUCAUUGGUGACAAAACCAACACCCAAACGAAGGCAGUGUGCAGCUCAAGCAGAGAAGAAAGUAUCUUUCCUGGAUCUUGGUACAAAACAGAUGAUAGGCUCUCUUGAAAAUAACAUGGAACUUGCACAGAAAAUGAAGGCUUCAAGAGUUCCAAGUGUUUCAGAGCACGUGGUACAGGAGGUUAAACAAGAAAGGCUAGCAGAUGAUAUGGUGAAGAAGAUGGCUGAAGAAAUUCAACAGGAAAAAGAUGACCCCUCACAUCUCUCAGAGGGGCAGUUGGCCAACCAAAGCUCAGUUACCUCUGGAGAUGAGACAGAAAUAACUGAAGAAUUGGAAUCAGAAGAUCAAGAUGAUAGACAAGAAAAUGAUGCCAUUGAAUCAAUAAUAACUGACAGCGAUGACUGUAUUGUUUCAUGUCCGCUAUCCAAGAAUAUUAAACAGACAUCUGAAAAAAUCCGGAUUGAAAUUAUAUCGCUGGGUUUUACUGAGCCACAGAUUGCAUCAGAUGAAACAAUACAGCAGCUGUUUGUAGAAUGCAGAUUACCCAAUUUUCUCUCAGAGGAGACCCCACUGUCUCUUCGAAAACCUACAACUGGUCAGAGGAUUCACUAUAACUAUAGCAAUGGUAAGUGUGAUGUAUUCCUGAGCAGGCUUCUUUCUUCUCUUAAAUUCUAUCUUACGAAAAUGCCUGCCAGUAAAGCCUACUUCCUCUAAAUAUCACAGCUGAAUUUAUCUGUGUACGGACUGUAUCUGUCUGUUUCCCAAAUAUUUUGGGAAGUAUUAAAGGUGGUUUUUAAGAAACAAAUGUAAUUAUCAUUUAUAAAAUGCGUAAUUGAAGUAGGCUUGUGUAUGGAAUGGUGACAUUACAAUAUAUUUAUAUAUGUUGAUAGCGCAUGAAUUUUACCCUUAGGCUAUACAUAACUAAAGUUUAUGUAUUCUUACUAAAAGAAUAUCUAUGUCAGUAAAUGAUGAUACAGUAAAAUAAAAACAUUGUAACCGUCUAGAACUAAAACACAGUUACAAAGAGAAAAUAUGUAACUGGACUUGGUCAUCACUUGGGGGAGUACUCAGUGUUCCUUUAAUAAGAAUUUUUUGAAAUAGGAAAUUAUUCAGCCAUGUUUAAUAUUACCACAUUGAUAUUUAGUUCAUAAUACUUAAUCCUGCAUGUUCCUUAUGCUAUUCUCUAAUAAAUGAACACUCUUUGUGUCAAUACACAAUGUCAUUUACACUAACAGCAUUCACAGAACUAUUGGAAUAAUUGUUAAUUCUCAUUACUUAUUUUCCCAGCUAUUUCACAGCAUUUCAAUUAUUCAUUAACUUUUUCUCCCCUGUUAAAGUCUGAUACAUUUAAGAUUCAGUCUGAGUGCUUCAUGUUGUCUUGGACUUCCAAGUAUUGCAUUUUUAGCCAACAGAAUCCUGGAGCAGGUGAAUCAGUUUGCUGUUUGUGGCACACCGUUAAUGCAGGUAUUCAAACUAAGCAUUCUUUUAAAAAACAGUUUUGCGCAACUGGUGCCACAAUCAGAUCUUUAAAAUUGCUGCUAUCUAGAAACCUAAUUUUAGAAAGAGACUUGCCAAAGAAUUUACUCAUUUAUAUCCUCAUAAUACUCAUAAACUGUUGGAUUAUGCCAUAGUUGAAGACUGAAAUCCCUCAUAGAUGUCACAUAAAGCAUUGUUAUAGCAGGACUGCCCAUUUGAGGCAGAAUAAGAGAGGGCACAGUGUGUUAACUUCUGUGACUCUGAGAAAGACAAUGAUCUUUGUAAGCCUUUAGAAAAAAAACAGAACAAAAACAGAGCAAAACCCAUGAAAACUAAUAGCCCUGCAAACUCUUCCAUUCAGUAAGGCUUACUUCUGUUCAAACAAAUGGGAUUUCUGGUAUCAUAUACUAAAUGAGAUAUCAGAUAAGUAGGGAUUUUUUUUUGUGAGCUGAACAAUAUUCAUCUUGCUAGCUGCUGUAAGCACUUUUCAAAUGUU